UCCAGCCCGCUGUAGCGUUACUUCUGUAGUUGAAAGCUAUUGUUUAAACGAUAGCGGAAAGAAAAACAAACUGAAAAAGCGACAAGCAAAGGGAUCAGCCAUUUGAUAAAUCUAUAUUCUCCUGCUAAGGAAUUCUAUCUGCGCUGAAGAGACACGCUCGACUUUGUCUUCACUAGCCGUUUGGUUUAUUAUUAUUAUUAUUAUUAUUAUUAUUAUUAUUAUUAUUAUUAUUAUUCUUAUUGCUAAUCCAAGGGGGGACCAUGAAAGCUAUCAGCCCAGUGAGGUCGAUGAGAAGCUGUUACGAAGCGGUCUGCUGCAUCUCCGAACAGAGCCUUGCCAUCGCCCGGAGUAAAACCGCAACGGAGGAGCCCAUGAACGUCCUGUAUGACAUGAACGACUGCUAUUCGAAGCUGAAGGAACUUGUGCCGAGCAUCCCGCAGAACAAGUCUGUCAGCCAGGUAGAAAUCUUGCAGCACGUCAUCGACUACAUCUUCGACUUGCAGAUAGCUCUGAAAGACGAAGAACCAACUGAAAAGACCUCUGACGUAGUCCUGUCAAUAAAGGCAUCAGAUUUUGGUUGCGACUUCACAUCUGGAGAGGAAACGCGUUUAUUCCAUUAGCACGCGAAGAACAGCAUCGUCACGUACAUUUUAAAAGUCUGCAGGUGUGGGAUAACGCAUGGCUUCACUUCCUACCAAGAGAAAGCGACAGAAGGGGUGCCUUUGGGCUAGAGAGAAGGGGAUGUGAUGGGGGAUUAACACAUCCCAAACACCCAGAUUCCUUUUUAACUGGCCAAUCCCAAAUCGGAUGAGCCACCCUGGACUUUCAUUUUAGUUUUUGAAAAGCCUUGUUCCCAGAUAGCUGGAGUUGUUGCAGUACCGUUUAACUUAAUUAUUUUUAUUUUCUAACCCUGCACAGUAAACCUAAAUGAUCAAUUGAAAAAGACUAUCUGUCUUUACUGCAUAACUAAGAUACACCCUUUUGGAAUUGCUGAAGUAUAUGAAGUCCAAUGCUUCUGUUUAAGAAUUUAAUUGUAUAUAUCUCUUUAUUUUAAACUCUGAAAUUGGGGGGUGACGGUGGGAGUGCAGAUGUCUGGACAGUAGUCAAGCAGGACUGGGGGGGGGGGGGGGGGGGGGGUGUAUUGUUGGAAGAAUAUCUUCCAGAUGUUAUGUGGCACUCUAUAAUAGAGUUGAUUCUGAAAGUUUGCAGGGAUGAGAAUUUCUGCAGACAUUGUAUGCCAAGUUUUAUAAACUUUUAUAGAAGUAUGCUUUACAUGUACAUUUUUUCAUAAUAAAAAUAUUUUAAACCAUGUUCAUUUAUUUCAAUUUGUAUAUUUAAUGUACCUUGUUUAGUUUUUACAGUAUUACAUAUUUAGACAUUGUAAUCUAAAGGGGUGUGGCAGGGGGGAAAUACAUCUGCUUUUAUUUUAAAAGUGUUACAAUCCCAAACUGGAUCUUUUUAUUAAAUAUUUUGCAAAUGUCUUUAAAUCCUAGUG